AAUUGUCGAUUUUGCGUAAUAGCACACUUACUGCUCUCUCUCUAUAUAUAUAUAUUUUUAUUAUUUUCAUGUACGUAGAUAGAUUGUUAUGACUUGUUCAAAAAAUUUGAAUCAAGUUGCGAUCAGGUGCUGUCGUUAGUGCAAGGGACGCUUGUGAGGGAGGGAAAAGGGAGAGAAGAGGGAGGUUCUCCAACUUCCCUCGCGCGUCGCGGCGCGGCGCGCCGCCGUUCCUGGGUCUGGUCUGCAUUGCGCAUUCACGAGACAGGCGCAUCGUCGCGGCACCCGUCGUCGCGCUUUCGUCGCCGUCGCCGCCGCCGUCGUCGUCGUCGUCGUCGUCGUCGUUGCCGUGGUUGUGGUCGCCGUCGUGUCCGACGCCGCCAUCGAGUCAAUUUCGGCGGCGGCCUUGAUAAGGAGCCAGCACUCACCCACAGCGACGAUAAAAGUCGAGAGACUUCUGUCCAAGCGAGUUGCACGACUGCGAGGAAUCCGUCUACAUUGUAGACAAACAAGACGGCGCUGGAUUUCUUCUUUAAAACGUUCUCAGCCGCAGUAGAGUAAUCGGGUUUUGAAACUCUCGUCCGAGUGCAAAUGUGGGGAAGAGCAAAUAUGACGGCUGUGAUCUUUCUUCUAGGAUGGUUGUGCGUACUCGCUCACGCAGAAGCGAGCAACACGGAUAUGACGUCCGCCGACAUCGAGGCGGAAGCUAUCCUGGAACGAGCGGCCACGUGGUUGUGGAGUCAACGAGACAAGGACGCCGGUUGGGGUAACGACACGCAUCGAGUGCUUUUAGUCCUUCGUUUAGCCAAUCUGUCCCGCGACGAUAAUAUCGCACCCCCGGCGCCGCUCGAAUUGCAGCUCACCGCGAAAGAAAUGGAACUGGAAAUCGUGCUUUUACUUUGGAGACAUCGAGAAGCGUUCUCUCCCGUUCGACUGGCACGUUAUACUCUGGCUUUGAACGCGAUGUGCAUGGAUCCAAGACAGUUCCACGGUCACGAUCUAAUCGGCACGCUACAGCAUCACGAACCGCCGACCGAUUACGAAUUCGCGCUGACCACGCUCGCGGCCUGCAGCGCACAAGCGCACGUGCGCAAGCGACAGAUACGUCGUCUUCUGGACAUCGCAAAUGCCGCACAAGAUCAUAAUGUCGACACUGUCGCGAUGGUGAUUCUGGCACUGCAGUGCAUCGUGCAGGACCACCGACAUCGCAAUCUUCAUCAUUUCGCUCGCAAGCCAUCGAUAGGAUUGGCGCAGCAGCAGAAAAAAGACGGCAGUUUCGGUGAUCUGCGCACCACCGCGUUGGUGAUGCAAGCGCUGGAGGAGGUGGAGAACGAACCGACCAACAACUGGAACAGAUCCGCGGCUUUAGCCUGGCUGAUCAGCCAGCAACAAUCGGACGGUUCGUUCCGCGGCGAUAUCCGAGCCACGGUCGAGGCAAUGCUGGGUGUCGCACCGCGCGGACUGGCCAGUAUUCGAGCUCUCGACUGCGGACAAGGUCUGUCGGACAACUCACCGCCUCGUCUGACUACGAGCAACAUUGCAGACAUCGCAACUUCCGACAACCACAGCGAGACCGCUUUGCCGUCGGAAGCGUCGGGUGGUAACAUGAGUAAUGUGGACACCACGGUGGCGGGCACCACGGCGCCGGUGCUGGUGAACGUGUCGUACACUCUGUGGGUCGGCAGCAAUGUAAACGAAACGUACAAUCUGACGGUGACCGCGCCCAAGAACGAGACCUUUUACGGAGUGAUGCUGCUGGCAGCGGAAAUGUCGCCUCACUUCCAGUUCACCGCGUCCGAAUGGCCUAACGGCCACUACGUUCACACGCUGGCCGGUUACAAAGAGGAGCCGAUGUCCUAUCACUACUGGCUGCUCUACAGACUGCCGUCGCCGCCGGAGCCGUCUUCGCCGCCUGGAAAUCAAUUGGUCGCGCCCGGAGGUGUCGACAACUUGCAGAUCAGCGAAGGGGAACACUAUCUGUUCUGGUACAAGAAGCUAUGAAGCGCGCGACGAGAACGCGGCAAAAAGAGCAAAGUAACAAAAAAAUAACAAACUAAAAAAAGGUAACACAAGGGAGAGAAAGAGGGGCAAGCGGGGAUACUUCAUAAGAAAAAAAACGAAAAAAAGUGAGAUUGUAUGAAUGAAAAAGA